AUGCGGUGGAUCCCUGCAGUUCCACAUGUAGCGUUGACCACUGUAAGAAGCGUUUCAAACGCUGAAUGCGUUUUAGCCAUUAACGGCGCCGGGCUGGGGUUAUCGAAGCGGGGGUGCAUUUCCAGCCGCUCACCGAUGUUUUCUCAAAGGUGUUUCUAUACUGUUGGGAGGGAUGGUGCCGUAAAGUACCGCAAUGUUGUAGAAAACACCCUUGCUGACACCCCCUCCGGGUAUAUUCAGGAUCCCGCUAAUUACCCACCGCAAAUGGUUACAUACAACAAGGUUACACCUGAAGCGCAGGCCACACUUGACGAAAUGGAACGUGAAAGGGAGUUGAUGAAUCGUGAGGAGUUAAUGUACAAAGGUUGCACAACAAAAGCGAUACAGGAGGCCAAGGCAAUUAUUUUCAAAGGUGAUGCUACCCAGAAAGAAAUUGAAUUAGCGUGUGUCACAUUACAGAAAUCUCUAGAAGAAUUGGUUGGACUGCUUGGGAACACUGUAAACAAGGGGUGCUCGGAUGGGGUUGUUUUCCUCGUUCCUGUCAGUAAAAGCGAAGAAGGGGAAAGGUCAAGUGAAGAACACGUUGUAAAUAUCGAUGAUUGCAACCACGUACGUUACGUUAUAGCGUUGGGGAAACGGAGAUUGGGUGACUUUGACGGUAGUGAACGUAUGUGCAUGGACAUACUUUCUAUCGAUCAUGGGAGCUGCGAUGCGUUGGAGUGUCUCCUGGAAAUUUACACCGGGACUGCUCAACCAGUGAAGAUUCGUGGUUUGCUUGACCAGCUGGUAAGGUGGAAGACCGAAAAAAAUACAGAAGAGCAGUCUAUGGAGGGUAACGCUGCGAAGAUUACUACGAAGUUAAAAAAUAACCAACUGGAGUUGGUGGAAGUUGCGUUAGUUCUUCUCUCCGACAUCAUUGUUGAGGCUGCUUCGCUGUAUUAUCUUGAACACAAAGAGGGGUCGACAUCAAGAUAUUUCUACGAAGCUAUACUCCCAAUUUCCCGUGCAUUAGGGCGUCAGUAUACGUCAUUACUUUUGGGGUCACUGUUCAGAUGCUUGGACGAGCAGCACCUUGCCUCCCUACUGAGGGGCGCCACACUCCACGAAUCUGAGCACACUAUGGGUUUAGUUAUUAGUUUCCUCAAAAUGUUAAUGGCAUGUAAACUGUUCCAAGAAGUAGAUGACCCGUCGAGGUUUGAGUUUCAAAUUUUGUCGAAGCUGCAUGCAGCCCUUCGCCUGAGCGGACGAAAACACGAAAGUUAUAAGAUAUGUGAGCGGUUGAUACACUUAUAUCGAGCCAACUCACUGAAAUAUCGUUUUUCUAUCGGAAACAAUGCGAGCGAAGACAACGUUGAUCUUCUCGAUGACUUAGAAUCGGAAUACAAAACUGCCCUUUUCCAGUACGUUGAAGAUCGCGCGCUAGACUCGCUCGUUGUCGGGAAACGUCUUUGCAUUCAAGCGAUUGAAGAAUAUCCCGCAGAAUCAGCACCAUGGGAAACGCUUGCGCUCAUCAUACACAAGGAGCAACCCGUAAGUGGCCUAGAUGAUGCUAUAGUGGCCGCAAGGAAAGCCUUUUCUUUAGAUCCUCUGAAUCUGCGGAUCAUUUUGACACUAGCCAAUUUUUACAGAGCCCAGGGACGCCACACUCUCUGUCAAGCCAUGAUUGAUCGCUACAAGCUUUUAAAAUAUUUCAUUGAAAUCAAUGCCAGCGAGGAAGACAUCAAGGCUACCUUAGAUGAUAUUGAAAAACUCGAGACCGAUUAUCCUAUUGAACGAGAACCAAAUCAUGUUGUCACACAGUUCGCUGACAUGAAGGAGCACAUGGAACGUAUGGAAAUGUCACACACGUACUCUAUGCCCAUUGACAAGGAGCCACGCGUUUUCGGUGCGCAGCCUGUGACAGUGCCUAUCCUGGACCCAUCUAUUAAUGUCGACCAGCCUGAGCGGCCGAGAGACAUGUAA